AUGAUGGACCAAGUACAUGGGACGAUGAUGAUACACGACACUCGAGAUACGAAAGAGGCGCCGAGAAAUAGGCCCGACUGUCCACGCCGUCGAAUGGCCCGCGCGCACUGCCUUCUCGCUCCUCGGCCAUACGAGGAAAUCUACCACGAGCAGGCCUACCUGGCGACGUACCUACAGCAAAAGACGCAGCGUAUUGAGAGCAUCAUCAAGGAGUACUCGGAGACGCAGUCGCAGCUGCAGCGCGGGGCCGAGGGCAAGACGCGGCGCAGGCUGCGCAAGCUGCUGAACCUGCUGCGGUGCAAGCUCGAUGAGGCGUCGGAACAGGAGCGCGUCAUAUUUUCGCGCAUGGGUGAGCUGUAUAUGGAGUUAAACAGCCGGGAUACCUGGGAACGCACGCGGUCAAUCUCCGCCGCCGACACCGCCCAUUCGGCAACGAUGGACGAUGAUGCGGCCGGGAGCAGCCAAGCCGGCGUCGCAGAUGAAGAGUGCGGCGUCAUGCCGGUGACGCCCUGCCCCAGCUUCGUCUCGUCGGACGGCAGCGUUGCCAGCUCGGCGGCGCUCGCGUCACCCGAGUCUGCCUUUGCACCAGUGUUUGUGCAUGCCGACGAGCCCGACGGCCACCAUCCUUACGCGCCCGAGUACCUCGAGUCCGUGCCCGAGGAGAUGGAGGUUGAGACGACCAAGAAGAUGCCGGCUGAGGCACCGAUGGAGCAGCCCGAAGAGAGUGGACAGUGGCGGCAGGAGAACUGGAGCGGGCCCGAGAUUGGCAUCCUCGAGUACCACUACGUGCACGACGAGACUGAACAGGAAGAGGAGGACAAGGGUAGUGAAGACGACGAUAAGGAGGAGAAGGAGGGGGAGGGGGAGAAGGAGGAGGAGGUGGUAGAGGAGGAGAGGGAGACGCCCAGCAGACCGUCAAUAAAAGACCGCAGCCACAGAUUCAGUCUGCCAGUGAUGCAGUUUACAUGGCCCGAUGCCUGA